AUGCCUGAUCAGCAUUAACAAUUCUUUGUAAUGUACUCUUGCAAAAGCUGAAUUUUUAAGUUCAAAUCCCACUUCCUAACUUUAGAGGAAUAUUUUUGUGAAACCAAGAAACCCCCAGGCUUGAUUAUGGAGCCUGUUUAAUAGGAUUUCUAGACCCAGAGAAACAUCUGCCUCUAAAGACUUUAGCCUCAUGCAGAAAGUAAGAGCUUUCUUUCUCAAUGGGUUUAAAUAUUUUGGACAAGGACUGGAAUUUCCAAAAUUAAUACUAUUAAUUCUUAGCUCCUCUUCUGAUGGAAUGUUUUCUGCCUAUCCUCCUCUUUACAUAAUAACUUUGCUCACCUCCAUUCUGAAUUUUGCAAAGCAUUGUUUUUCUCAAUCCCUAGAUGGGAAGUGAUGCCUGAAUUUCCUCAAGAGAGAAGUUCCAUCAGUUUAGUCAGCAUGGCUGGAUCUCUUUAUGCCAUUGGAGGUUUUGCUAUGAUUCAACUCGAGUCCCAGGAAUAUGCACCCACUGAAGUCAAUGACAUAUGGAAAUAUGAAGACGAAAAAGAAUGGACUGGGAUGUUGAAGGAGAUCCGUUACGCCUCAGGAGCUAGCUGCCUUGCAACACGUUUAAAUCUCUUCAAAUUAUCUAAUUGUAGGCCAAAACAGUAACAAAAUGUAAAGGAAAAUGGGUAUCUGGAUUAUGACUUUUUCAUUGUUGGGUUUUAACAAAAAAUUUACAGAAAUUUAAUAGAAAUCUAUUGUUAAUGUGUUAGGUCUAAAACAUUAGUAACUUUUGUAUAGCUACUAAAAUCAGUAUUCCUGAAGGUAAUAACCAGUUCAUAAUCAGUUAAGAGCAGAUCUCUAAUAGGAAAUGGAAAUAAAAUAAUUAAGUCUUCCUCA